GCCCCCUCCCCCGGCAGUGCCUAUAUAACUGAGUGGUAGCCUGGUGAAAGUGUUCCGGAGAAGCGUGGAUUCCUGGCUCCAGACGCUACCGUAGCAGAGAACAGAGAUUCUCACACCAUGAAGAACCGUCUGGGCACAUGGGGGCUGGCCAUCCUCUGUAUGCUGCUUGCCAGCCACCUCUCCACGGUCAAGGCAAGAGGCAUAAAACACAGGUUCAAGUGGAACCGGAAGACCCUGCCCAGCAGCAACCACAUCACCGAAGCCCGCGUGGCUGAGAACCGCCCAGGAGCUUUCAUCAAGCAAGGCCGGAAGCUGGACAUCGACUUCGGAGCAGAGGGCAACAGAUACUACGCGGCCUACUACUGGCAGUUCCCGGAUGGGAUCUACUACGAAGGCUGCUCUGACGCCAAUGUGACCAAGGAGAUGCUGGUGGCCAGCUGCAUCAACGCCACCCAGGCAGCCAACCAGGCUGAGUUCUCCCGGGAGAAGCAGGAGAGCAGGCUCUACCAGCGAGUCCUCUGGCGGCUGAUCAAAGAGAUCUGCUCCACCAAGCGCUGUGAAUACUGGCUGGAAAGAGGAGCUGCACUGCGGGUCGCUGUGGACCAACCAGCAAUGGUCUGCCUGCUGGGUUUCAUUUGGUUCAUUGUAAAAUAAACAAGGAGACUAGGAGCCACAGAGGUGAGCUGGUGGGCAAAGGUGGACAUCGGUACCCUAGUUCUCACUCUCUAGCCCCACGUGUCAUGAAGGUACCAGCGCGUAGCGAUUCACGGCACUUCAAAAGUCCCUCCCAAGUAUGCGUCCUCCCAACCAUGUGUUUAAUACGGUGUUUCAGUGCUUUCGCAACUACACUAGGUAAUAGACCAGGGAAAGAACACAGAAACCGUGCUGUGCCCUACACCUGAUCCCCCAGCUCGUGGAGGUAGCCAGGAAAACCGUGCUUUCCAUUGCUGACGUCACCCUUCAAUACAGACAGGAAGCCACAGAGCUAGGGUUCUCCUGGUCUGUCUCCCCUCAGGUUUUCUGCUCUGUAGCCCAGAGUUAUCUCAUGACCGCUUCAGGACUCAGAGGUCCAAGUCCAGAUUUGUGUGUGGGGUGGAAGCCACACCCUGAAAUUAGUGGGAGUCCCUGAGCAGCAACUAUGCACCUUGACACCUUACAGUAAGACUGAAAUAUUACAAAGAUGUUAAACUAAGUAGACCACUACACUAGACAAAGGUUCAGAAAUCAGACUGCAGGGAAAUCUGCCACUCACCUCCCAGCGGGCAAGUUCGGGGCAGGGUGUGUUUGUGGCGCCUAGAUUCUAGUCCACAAGGAUUGGUGUUUGCUGCUCUGGGCUCUGCAAAAAAUCUGCAGAGUUAAUGAACCCCUUGUAAAUGACAUGUUUGAGUCUUUGUUUUUUAUUUCUUUGUUUUGUUUUUCUAGAUGGGAAUCUUUCUACGUAACCCAGGUUGGCCUCAAACUCGCAAUCUUCUGGCCUCUGCCUCCUGAAUGCUGGGACUGCAGGCGUGCCACCAAGCCCAGAUACUUGUUUACUUCUGAUGCCCCCUAGUCCUGUGUGUGUGUUCUUUGGUAUCCUGUGAGCAUCUUUAAAUGCACUUCCUCUGUGCAGAGUUCUUCACAAGCUAUCAGUUUUUGAAACCACUUUGGUGAGGGUUAGUCUCCAUGAAUCAUUUAAUACUCCAAAAACAUAAUUACUGGUCAAAAAUGGUAUUUUUCAAGAGACUCAAUAAAGAAUUUGUCAUCACAGGAAUUGAUAUACUGUUCUACCACUCUGAACAUAAAUAUGUGUUAAAAUAUGACUAUUAUUUAAAAUUUUUAAAAAUCUAACUUUUUUAGAUUCUUCCACAGGCCCUCCUCCCCUUUGGGUACCCCCAGGAUUUGCUGAGCAGUAUUGGGGUGUAUUAUCUUUUAAAAGGAGCAGCAUCUGUGAGGAGGGGUGGGGGGGACACACGUGUAUUGUCAAAGGGUUCAUCUGCAGCAUUUCAGAACAACAUGAGCACUGAUAUCAGCACCUCGUGUGCCGAGUUCCCACUGCUAUCAGGUCUUCUCAAGGACACCUCUGGGCAGCUUCACACGGUAAAGGGACGUGAGGCGGGGAGCCCAAGGACACACAGCCUUCCCCUUGGACCUUCUACCACUGGUCAGACAGCGCAGAGAAACCAGCCUGUGGCAGCAGUGUCCCGCCAGCCCAACAUGCCUCCUCGGCUCCCACUGUCAACUAAUCCUAAACCAGAGAGCAAGGAGAAGCCCUGAAUACAGUUUGUUCCUUGCAUGCCAUUUUAACUAUCAGGUAAUAAAGAAAGAAUCGUUCUUAGACAGUG